CCUGUCCUCUAUUUUAAUUAACGGGUCGUGCUGGGACUGCUCCACCCUGGCACAAGCUCCGUGCCUUAGUGCUGUCCAGGGAGAAGGAAAGAACAAGGCCUCAUUACUCGCAUCUGUGCUCAACAAGGGAAGCAGAUGCCACUGCCUCUGAGCCAGUCCGGCCGCCAGCAACCGAAGCAUGAGGCCAAACUUGCUUCCGCCAUGCGAAGGACCCAGGAGGAGCCGGGAAAAAGUGGUAACCGCCGCGGUGAGGGCCUCAGAGGCUGGAGACUGUCCCUCACAGGAGGGUCCUGGGAAGGGCGGCACGGGCUUGAAGACGUCUUCAGAGGUGGUUCCUGGCGUUAGCACAGACCCCGGGCUCCUUCUGUCGUGAGUCUCACCUGCGUCGGAACCAGCUGCUGCGCCUCCCACUUCUGAGACUUCCCUGAAGGCCUCGCCCACUGACAGAGCCUUCCCAGGUCUUCAGCGAUGCAGACGAGUGAGUGUGUACUCACGCGUGUGUGGGCAUGUCUCUGCCCUGACGUUGGAAGAAAGUUGCCAUUGUGCCUUUUAAAUCCCUGUUAGCCAAUAAAACAACCAAGACUUCCUUGAAAUAUUUUAACCCAAAACUUUGCUUUUAGAAUUCAGGUCCCUCCCUAAAUUACAGGAUUGACAAUUACAGGAGCUUCUAAACGCUAAAACUGCGGCGGAGCUGCGGUGAACGGGGACAGCAGCCGCGGGCUGCGGGGUCCUGGCGCGGUCACGGACAGACUGCGGGCACAGCCACGCCGCGCCUGCUCCGGAGCGCGGUCUCAGGCUUCCGACACGACCCACACCGAAAAGGAAGAGCCCCCCCACCCUGCUACCGCGAGGGCUGCGGUGCGCCGGCCCCACCGGAGCGAGGGCCUGGCGUCCACAUGCGUGCGAAGCAGAGCAUCACUGCACAAAGGGCUCGGUUCGGCCACUGUGACUCGACCUUGCACAUUCUGUCCGCGCCGGUCCACCCUAAAGCUCUCAGGCUCCGUCGCCUCCUGGGUUUCACCCCGCUGAGGUCCGCGGGAAAAGCCGCGGGCCGUGCAAUGUCCGCAGGGCCCGAGCGGGGGCGCCAGACCUCCGUCCGCAGGCGUCGCGCGCCCCAGGGCCCGGGCCCUCGGAGCCCCAGUCCCCCCCCCACCCCGCCCCGGCCUGGACACUGCCGGGCCGUGCUCAGGGCUGCCCGCGGCCGGUGGGAGGCGACCUUCCGGGCUCCGCGCUCGGGCCCAGCCGCAGCCCGCGGAGAGCGUGACCUCACUCCGUGCCCUCACCGGUCCUCUCGGGGAGCGAAUGGCCCGAGCCCGGAGAGCGGGUGGGCGGCCCGGCGGGGAGCGCGUUCGCCGCGAGGCGUGGCGUCCAGCGCAGCCGCCUUGUCUGACUCGGGUUCUCUCCUGCUGGGUUUUAGACUCCGCACUCAGCACUGGCCGUUGAACCCGGUGCUCCACCACCGAGCUGCACCCGCGGCACCUUCGCCCCUUGACGCGGUCUCAACAAGUCGUCGGCGCUGGCCCGGAUUUGCAGUUCUCCCGCCCCAGCCUCCCAAGCAGCUGGGAUGCCAGGUCUUCCUUCGCUCUCCCACACUUCACUGCUCUGUGAUCUGGAGUCAUGGUUAUGUCUACACUGGACGACCCCAAGGACCGAAUCAUCAAUUUGGUUGUUGGCGGCUUCACAUGCUUAUUGAUUCUAGUGACGCUGAUCAGUGCUUUUGUUUUCCCUCACCUACCUCCCAAACCACUGAAUGUAUUUUUCGCUGUCUGCAUCUCUCUGAGCAGUGCUACAGCCUGCAUACUUAUCUACUGGUAUCGACAAGGAGACUUAGAACCGAAAUUUCGAAGUCUAAUUUACUAUAUCUUAUUUUCAAUCAUCAUGCUGUGUAUAUGUGCGAACCUGUACUUCCAUGACGUGGGGAGGUGAGGCUGUGGAGAAGGAACCCUGCGCAGGGCUGAAGCAAAUUUUGUUCUUUAAAACUGCCUGAGAGGGAGAAGUUAUAUUUUACCCCGACCAACUAAUGCACUGAGUGAACGGGAAACUCAAUCCCCCUUCAGCUGUGUUCUAGGUCAUUUACACGGCAAACAUGUCAUAGAGGGUCGUGGUAUCAGGGACAGGCAACAUCACUGCUUUUUCCACUUGGCUGGUUUCCUUCAGUGUAUGUGCCGCCGAAACCAGCACGGUUUACUUUUUUUUCAAAGUGCUAAGUCUGUAAACUAAAGACAGUGGUCUCUGUAGGGGGUGAAGACUGCUUAGCUGCUGGAAGGUUCUGUCACUGCCCUCACCCAUAUUCCCUCAGGAGGUCAUGAAGACCUGCAGUGAGGCUCCAAGACUUAAUGGCUUCCUCUUCGCCCUGCCUCACUGGCUCCCACGGCCAGCAAUGGGUUAACAAGUAACUGCCACAUAAUCACCUCCCAGGUCUUGCUGUCCACUGGGUAAGUCUCAAACUAAUCCUACCUAAUCUUUUUGAAGAAGGUCAUGGAUAAGCUCCAGGCUGUGCUGAUACGAUGUCCCUGAAAUGUACCCAGGCCUGCUCAAGACCGAGAGUGCCACGUCUGAUCUGUGGAGACAAGCGCUUAGCUUUGGUGACAGAAGGCUCCCUCCUGACAGGUAACACUAAACAUGGGAUCCGCACUCCACUCAACCACACAGGUCUCGUACACCGGACCUCAGAUGGACACGCAGAAGAGGUAAAAGUCGUAGCAGCAACAAUGUGCACGGCUAAGCAUGGCAGCUCUUGAGAAGCCAGAGGAAUGGUAGAGUGAGCCUCCUGGUGGCUGCCCCUGCUUCUUUGGAGAUACUGUAAUUAACAGUGCGACUUCUUUGCCAAACUGCCUGUUUCUAAGAAUCAUCUAGUGACAGUGCACCAAGUCCUCCACAUCCUUUGAGUCUUCUGAAACAGGACUGCCCAAAGAUGAUCCAAUGAUGUUCGACUCUUCCUGAUGGUGCUGCAGUAUGGGAUCUGGAAGAGCGGAGUUUCAGGUUAGUCUUCAGGGUGUAGUGAGAGCACAGACGUGUUCACUGACUCAUCCCAAGCAUUUAAAUAGUCUACCAAAGGCUAAGAUUUAACUCACGAGUCUGUUGUUGGAGCAAGAAAAGACUGAAACAACUGAACUCAAGGACUGCCUGAUUUUCCCCGUCAGAUUUAUCGGUCACAUGAUUCAAGCUGUAUUACAGUACCUGUUAGUGUUGUCAAAGGCAAGACAGACUCGGUAUCUAUAACAUCAGACGCCUGGAUAAAGCCAUGUGAUGGAGGAACGAUAAGUAUUGUGUCAUCAUCAAUGGUUGUUUGAUCAACUUGUUCUACUAUGGUGGGAGACUCUAUAUCCUAAGUAAUAUUUAAAAAGAGAAGAAAAAUAACUUAGAGAUGAAUCCAGGUGUAGGUCACCUGUAAGUAGAGGAAGUGACUGAACUGGGUCCCGUGGAAGCCUAAGACCCCUGGCACCCCACACUCGGGAGUGGCUUCCACGGUGCUGCGGGAGAGGGCAGAGGUCGAGCGAGGAGCUGUGCUAAGACCACAGUUUUCUUACUCCCCUGACCGCCACAAGAGAUCCCUGGCCAUUCCCUUCUGCCAGCAACACCACUGCUGGGUCACGGACACUGGCCCAGCACAGAUGGGGCUCUGUACUGGGAAUCUAAAGCAAGGAAGAAACUGGAGAACUCCCCAGAGUAUGUCUAGGACCCUUCCAGACUGCAGCUGGCUUCGAAGCUCCUGGCGAUUCUGUAAGGUACAACUUACCUCAGCAACAUAAGCACCGGUCAGGUCAGAGGGGGACCCUUCUUGCUUAAGAUCGGAGUCCGAGAUCUCCUCUUCCGUUCUGACCAUAACACUGUUCAUCAGUUCUGUGCUAUUUUGGUCACUGAAUCUGGACACAUGAGCAUCAUUGUAUGAUGGUGCUAGAGUUAUCCUAGGCUGAUGAAUCUCAUCUGGGAAAGUGUCUGCUUCCAGUGCAUCAGGGAAACCAGAGGACUGUAUAUCGCUGUCCACUGUGAGCUCCGCCUGGGACAUGGAGGAAGUGAGGUCUUCUGUAGCAACGGUCUGGAUGAUGACUCUGGGUGUGUGGCACUGCACCGUGACGCUGUCACUUGUGUUCAGCAGAUGUUCUGGCUGUAAAGCAUCAAAGAAAACCAUCUGGCAAAACGAGGACGUACUACUAGAGUCAUUCAACAGAUGACAUCUGCAGGUGAUGCCCACCCCUCUCCCUCUCCUGGAACUACAAUGUUUUCAUCAUGUUUUUCCUAGAACUCCUGUUCAUGAGUACUGGGCUCCUGUCUCCUAAAUUCCCUCCUCUAAUGUGUGUCCCUCCCGGGCUCAGAGAUACACCCCAGUGAAGGGAGAAAGGUGAUGCCACGGUGACAAUGGUGGCAGAAGAACUGUUUAGAUGCCAGAACUGCCUGACAGUCUUGGUGCUGGAAUUUUGUCCAGCUAACCCUAGUCUGCAACUGGUACUCAGAAAUCAAGUGGAACUGCAACAUACGGAUAAAGCAUGAACAAUGAUCUGUUCGGGAGAGGCAGGAGCAGCGGCUGUCAGGGUUACCGAGGGGCUGGCGGCCAGAGUCAGAGGAAGCCCUUGGCUGGAGCUCGUCUGAAGCAGGUAGGUGCCAGGCGUGCCGGUGGGCUGCAGAUGGAAAGACUGAGGAACAGGACACAGUGAGGCUUCAGUGCAGAUAACGGACGGCAGCUAAGGUCACCCCUGCCCCCGAACAUGGACCCACUUGGACUUCGGGCACAAACAGCACUGAAGUGAAGGGUGGACUACUCACUGCUCGCCUGUCUCGGGAAUGCUCAGCCUGGAGGUGGAACAGGAGAACCACCUGUCCUGCCCUUCGCAGUCAUGCCUCCCACUGCCUGGUCUCAGCGCCCUGUUUCAGGGUGCCCCACACAUGAGGAACUACUCCCCACAGUGCAGCCGCCUAGCCUGAGGAUCCCUCUUUAAUCCUGUCGACAGCCAGAAGAACUGGCCAUCUCCCAGUUUAAAAAAAGAGCUUUGUUUUGGAAGAGGCACAACAGCAGUGUUUACUCACUUGAACACAUUUUCUUAUAGUAUAAUUUCAGAAAAUAUUUUUGUAUUAAGGGAAAAUUUAUCAAACUAGCAAUUAGCACUGUUCUGCUGAAGGAAUGUGAUGCUUAUCUGAAAAGCUGGUUUACGUAUAUUUAUCUUCUGAGAUUUUAAAGCAUGACAAAAUUAUUCAUGAAUAAACUUUUCAUACUGUAAGCUUUUAUAGAAUUCAAAUUGGGUUCACACCAGCAACUGAGAGAAUAUCUACUUAAGUUAGGACCGGGGGGGUUCACAUUCUAAGCCUGAUUUUUUACUCUUCUUUCAUCUUUGAAAUCUCCUGUAUACUGAAUCCCCAAACAUAGAUUUUCUUAUUUCUUCCAUGGGGAUAAUAACCACCUCGCAUGGAAAGGCUUGCAGGAUUACCAAUGAUCAUGAAAGUGCCUAUCACUCGGUCAGGACUCAAAUUUCUUUGCACUUUCCAUAAAAGUGAAAGCUAGUCAUUUUCCUGAAGGUCACAGCAUGCUUAAUCACAUGCACUAAGGCCUUUCUGUGGAUGCCUCUUAUGCAUUGUGAGGUACGGGUGUGCUCCACUUAGGGUAUCUCAGUAUGCUGAGGUUGCAGGCGUGAGGCUGAGGCACUACUGUCCUCCCCAUUCCCAGCACAUGGGAGUGCACACAGGUGCUCCUGGACUUGUCCAAGCUGUGUGGCGGAGCCCAGGGACAGCUGCAGUUGAUGACAAGGCCCUUCACGUCACGGCGACGCGGCCCCAUGAGUGUGACCACACUGCAACCUCCAGAAAGGCCGAAGUUCCAUGUUCAGCCUUUGCUACGUGUCUUUCUGCGGACAGGUUUUCUCAUUCCUCUUAGAUAUACCCGGGAUAAGAAAUGGUAGAUUGUUUGGUAGGUCUGUUUAAGCUUUUUUAGGAAUUAUAAGACUUUCCCAAAGUGGUUAGCCCAGCAGGGUGGAGACGUUACAGUUCUGUGUCCUCAGUGGCUGGACAGUGUUUUCUGAGUCAGUCCUGCUGAGCAGCACAUGACAGACAGUACACGGCCUUCUCUGAUACCCCAUGCCGACUCAGGCUCAGGACAAACCCACUCAUGCAGGCUGCCCGUCGGCACUGCUGUAUUCACACAGGAUGAACAGACUGGUUUACAUACAGAGGUGGAAAAAGCAGAAUUAAAAGGAUAAUAAAAGUGGAAGUUGGAUUUA